CAAACGCACAGAGCAUGCAAUGUGCAACCAGCCACACGGAGACUUCCCGAUUUAGAAGUCAAGUGCUUUGAUGCUGCCGAGAGGCAGGGUCGUGUUCUCGUUUUUCAACCACUUGAAGAAUUUUGCAGCGACAUGGUCCAGUGGAGAGCGGGGACUCAGCGCGAAGUCGGGACGGCAGUUACAGCGCCUCUACAGCACCGUCACGAGUGAACCUGCCGCGCUCCGUUUCAUGUCGGAGAGGUGUCCUUGUGCGAAUCCAAAGGGUCAGGAGGCCACGACCUCGCAAGGUCCAGACAGUAGCAAAGACGCGAUGGGGAGCUCCGCCACACGCAGUCUCCCCAGUGCAAAGGCAGCGCAGUUGACUGUUACCGUAGCGCAAACUUGCGAGGACAUUCCGGCAGAGUUGGCAAUGGAAUUGGGCUCACAUGAUCUGCUCACGGCGGCUGUUCGCACACGAGAGAAUGAAAAAUUGACAAAAAAGAACAAGAAGAAAAAGAUGUUGAAAAAUCAAAUGAGAGAAGAUGCAGCACAAACAGAAGAGCACUCCAGUAACUACUUGGCAGAGUUACCAUUUGCAAACAUUGAAAUAAUGAAGGAAUUUGACAUUAAAAUCUCUGAAAGGAGACAGAAGAAGAAACGUAAGCGUACACUUGGAGAUGAGACUGAAGAUGAUUCAGACAAGAAAAAGAAAAAGAAACAUCUACGUCCAAAUUACUUUAUUUCUGUUCCUAUCACUAAUCCAAAGAUACAUGCUUCUAUUAAAGCCAUUCAGACACUUAUCAUUGAAGAGGAUGACAGAUAUACUAAGGCAAUGAUCCCACUUAGCACAUUACAUAUGACAUUACUAGUGACCUACUUGAGCAGUGAAGAGGAAGUCAACAUAGCAAUUUCAGUAAUCAAGGAGGUGAAGGAAAGUAUUCAGAGGAUACUACAAGGAGAACCAUUGCUUUUACCUUUCCACGGAAUUGGCCAUUUCCGAAAUGAAGUUGUUUUUGUAAAGAUGGUAGAGGCAGAAGAUUUUUUAAAGCUAAAGAAAAUUACAGAGGUUCUGAGAAGAGCAUUUGAGGAAAAGGGCAUCUUAGCUGGGGAUAGCAAAGAUUUCAAGCCCCACCUGACCUUCAUGAAGCUCUCAAGGGCACCCAAGCUGCGCAGUCAGGGCAUAAAGAAGCUUGACCCAAAGCUAUAUAAGAAUUUUGAAAAUCAAAACUUUGGUAACGAGAAGCUGGUUAAUUUGGACCUUUGCUCCAUGUUGAAGAAAAAACAACCAAAUGGCUACUAUCACUGCGAGGCAUCCAUUACUGUUGGUGAAAACAAUGUGGUGGAGCCAGACGAUGCGGAACUAGUGAGCCUGAGCAAGAGGCUGGUGGAGAAUGCGGUCCUUAAGGCUGUGCAGCAGUACCUGGAAGAAACUCAGCAGAGUAAAAGCCGGCAAAGCGACAGCGGCCCAGCUAAGACUGAAGAAAGCCUUAAUGGCAGUGAAAACAGAAAAUGAGCUCGGAGGGUCUCUCUUAGCCGUCCACUAAAAGAAAAACAAAAUGACAAGAAGCAAAUGCUGAGCUUCACUUUGACAGCGGCACACUGACGUCCAAGGCAAGUACGGACGCUUUUGGGACGGACCUGCCAGAGGGAAUGUAAAGCACAUCAUCAUGCACAGAAUCGACACGUCGUCAUGUGUGACGGGAAUUCUUGGAAUCGACUGCCAAGCAAUUUUCAGAUCUCUGUGCGCCUGAUUCUCGCCGCUGUUUUCACCAGCACAUGAGAGGCACAAAACUCGGAGCCGCUUGUACUUACCUGAUAAACACAAGGAAUAAUAAAAGGGAAACUUUUUCAAGUUCUUCAUACAAAAAUGAGAAACGAGCAUGGCUCCGACUGGCCUGUUCAGAGAGAACUUAUUGGAAUGCACUUAAGACGGACCAGAAAACCCACCGCUGCUUGAGCAUCUAAGAUGACCUGGACUACUUGUGACAUUCAGUGCAAAGACAAUCACCCAUUUUACCAAGCAAAUGUAUCACUACAAUGUCGUAGAUCAAAGUGGAUCUAAAACCUCGGAGCCCUUGAGCGUUUGUGUACAGCGGGUAUUUGAAUGGCAGUUUACUUGUGAGGGCUAUCCUACUGUUUAAAUAACAAUACUCGAGCAACACAAGGCAACUGCUGAUAUUCAGGUUUUGAGAUAUCCCAGGCAGUCCAGUGACAUUUUCUGGCUGUGUCAUUAACGUCCGCACAUAUUCUGUGUCUUUUCUUUUCUUUUUCUCCUUCAGGUGAUCAACAUGAUGUGUGCCUCAUUAGAAAGGCAUUACAUCGAGAAACUGCGGCCCUGUUAAAGAAGCUGUCCGAGAUAAAAGAGCGACUGCGGCAGCCAACCGUUCAGGCGUUAAUGCGCAGGGAGAUGGCAGCUAAUG